AUGGGCAGAAGAAUAGAGAACGGAGUACCUGGUAGCAGGCAGAAGGCAGCAGGCAGGCGGAUAAACCACACAAUCGUCCUGCUACUGCUGGCAGCUUACCUUCCCAGCUUAUCCUGGGCAGCACCUGCCCUCCACUUCAGAGAUCCGGAGCCAGAUGAACUGGAGGCCUAUCCGACCUCGCCCAGCCAAGUGUUGCCCAUACAACCUGUGCUGAUUUAUCCCAAACCACGUGAGAAUCUCUACCAGGCGCGAACGCUGGCAGGACGAAAUGACGAGCAGGAUAUUAUCUUUGUAAAACUGCUGGAGGACAAGUCCAGUGGCUAUCGGCCCAAGCAGCAGCGCCUUGUGAUGGAGGAGACGAAACCCUCGCAGAGAAAGAACUUGGGUCUGAAGGACAUAUUCUAUGUGAAGGCCCUCACCAACGGACGUUUCAGCCACGAACGCCUGAAGGUUUACCGAGUGCCCGAGUUCUACGCCAUCAGUGUUUUCAGCAACGCAGACAAAUGAGCUGAGACACCGGGUGUUAACGAUAAAAAGGAGUAAUAUAAGUUAUUUUUAAGACGCUAUAAAUAAAUACCUCAGGAGU